UGUAGCUUCCAAAAGCUUUCAGAGGGCUCUGAAGUCAAAAGAACUUCUCCUUCCUUUCAUCUGGCGUUUAAGCCAAUUUUUAUCCUAUUCCUUUUUCAAAAGCUAGGAGGGCCCAGUGGCCACACAGAUGCAUAUUGAUUGCAAAGAAAAUUUCAGCAUGCAUUGUUACCCAUGGCUCUCUCUUGCUCUGGCGUUGGUUCAGCAUUGGACAUGUUUUCCCUGUGUGUACAGCUGGAACGCCAAUAACUUGGAACAAACUUCUGGAACGUCUCUGAGAUACAGGCAUGGAUGGGUUCAGAACCCAAUGGUGGUGCACGAAGAGCUGAAGUUGACACAUCCUUUGAAAUUUGACCAGCAGCAAUCCAACUUGGACAAGCAGGAGAGGUCUCAGAAAUAUAUUUUUACUGAUAAUGAGCUACAGUUUUUGAAUGGACCUUAUGAAGCCACUAUUCCUGAAAUGUCUGCUGAAGGUACUUCUGUGAUUCAGGUUACAGCUUCAGACCAAACAGGUGCCCGCCUAUUUUACAGCAUUCUUCAAGGACAACCCUACUUUUCUGUGGAGAGAACAACAGGAGUGAUAAGAACAUCUUCCCCAAUGGACAGAGAAACUAUAGAUCAGUAUUUUGUUGUCAUCCAAGCCCAAAACAUGAUUGGUCAAAAGGGUGGACGUUCAGCAACUGUAACUAUCAGCCUUUCAGAUGUUAAUGACAACCCUCCACGAUUUCCACACAGACGUUAUCAUAUGAAUAUCUCUGAGGCAGCACCCAUAGGAACCACUGUAGGCAAACUCUUGGCGGAAGACAGUGACUUAGGAGAUAAUGCAGCAAUGAAUUAUGAAAUAGAAGGACAUGCUUCUCACAUCUUUUACAUCAUUACCAACAACGAGACUCAAGAAGGAAUUGUCAUAUUAAAGAAGAGAGUAGAUUAUGAAAACAGAAGUCGGUAUGAUAUUAGGGUCAAAGGUAUCAACAGACACAUCGAUGAGCGUUUCCUACAAGAUGGGCCAUUUGAAGACACAGCUAAUGUUAAAAUCAGCGUGGAGGAUGCUGAUGAACCUCCGGUUUUCACCUCAAAGGAAUAUGCAAUGGAAAUUUCUGAAGGAGCGGCGGUUGGUUCAUUUGUAGGGGCUGUGAGUGCAAGAGAUCCAGAUAAUGCCAACAGUCCAAUCAGGUAUUCUAUUGUCUCCAGCAAUUAUUUAAAGAGAUUGUUCAGCAUCAAUGCACAGAAUGGAACAAUAAUUGUAAAUAAACCGUUGGAUCGAGAGUUAGCACCGUUGCACUAUGUAAUCGUUACAGCCACUGAAUCAAUGAACCCCAAACAAAUAUCAAACGUGAAUUUUUCUAUCCAUGUUGUUGAUGUUAAUGAAUAUGCACCAGAACUUUCCGAAUACUAUGAAAUAUACGUGUGUGAAAAUGCAAUAUUUGGACAGCUCAUUCAGACCAUCAAUGCAGUGGAUAAAGACAGUCCUGUGGAACACCAUCAUUUCUUCUUCAGUUUGGCUGAAGCCACCACAAACAGCACCAGUUUUGCAGUCAAAGAUAAUCAAAAUAAUACAGCUGGAAUUCUUACCAGAAGAAAUGGCUUCAAUCGUCAAGAGCAGUCCGUUUUUGCCCUGCCGAUCCUAAUUGCAGACAAUGGAAUUCCACCCCUGACCAGCACAAGCACCUUAACAGUUCUUGUGUGUGACUGUGACACUAAAGCCAAUCUCAAGUUCUGUAGAUACGGAGCCCUGGGCAUCAGUGUGGAAGCAUUUGUUGCAGUGGUGGCUUGCACAUUGAUUAUAUUAGUGUUUGUUCUGGCAAUUCUGGCCUUCAGGCAGCAGAGGAAGAAAUCUCUAUUUCAUGAGAAAGGCAAAGAGUUCAGAGAGAACAUUGUUAAGUAUGAUGAUGAAGGAGGUGGAGAACAAGACACUGAAGCCUUUGAUAUUGCAACACUGAGAAACCAUUCGGUCCUGAGGGAACACAAGCCUCGGAGAAACAUCACAACACAAAUUCAGAGCCUUUACAGGCAAUCUCUGCAAGUCGGCCCUGAGAGCGCUGUGUUCCGGGAAUUCAUUUCGCAAAAGCUAGAAGAAGCCAACUCAGAUCCAGAUGUUCCCCCUUACGAUUCCCUUCAGACAUAUGCUUUUGAAGGGGCUGGGUCAGUGGCUGGAUCUCUUAGCUCACUGGGAUCAAGUUCACUUGAUCUGGAUACAAAUUAUGAUGACAUUAUUCCACUGGGCUUCAAGCAAGAAGAAAGCAUGGAUAGAUCUGUAAAUAAUGAAUGGUAUUAGGAACCAUCCAUGGUCACAACAC